AUGGCGACUACAGACAAGUAUAGGCUGUCUCUGGUUGCGCAGUAUGAUGAAAUUGUUCGAAACAGGGCAGUUCUAACUGCUGGCAUCGAAGCAGAGUUCAUAGCAUUUGUUGCCUCGCAAGAAGAACUCCGAAAGAGGUAUGUGACGAGCGAGAACGAGCUGGCAAACUUGAGAGAGAAAGUUAAAUCCCUUGAAAAUGAAAAUAUGGCUCUUGAAACUAAAUUAAAACAUGCCAGGAAUCAGAUUGAUGUUGAGAUUGGGAAGAGAAAGAGGACGGAGGAAGAGAGAGAAGGAUACGAGAAGCAGAUAUUGUUAGUACAAGAGAUCCUUAGGGAUAAGAACAACACAACGAUCCUGAAUGACCAGGAUAGGGAGAAACUUGCAUUCAUUAGUAUGACCUGCAAGUCACCUAUGUACGAUCACUCGACGAGGAGCAACAGCAUAAGGGUAACAGGAGGGGGGGCUAAGAAGCAUAGACGUUCAAAGUCAGCUGACUUGGUGACGAUGGAGAUGAUGAACAACAACAUCAUGACCACCGCCAACAACAAUGGCAUGUCGGGAGUGGGUGCAGGGGUGGGGGCCUUGAUGGAUGGCGGGAAAACCCCAAAGACCCCACGUGACAGACGAAAUUCGAGUCCGUUUGGUAUCCUAAAUCGAUGCAACUCUCAGGAUAAUUGUAAAAUACUAUGCCAUGAUGCCUGUAAGGAUUUGGCCCCACUACCUUGCAUGGCUACCGUCAACACGCCUAAAGUUAAUAAGAGUUCGCCUGGAUUUCUAUCUGACUAUGCGCCCUCAGAGCCACCGUUCGUACCUGCAAUCGUGAUACAUUGCAUUAAAGAAGUUGAACUAAGAGGGCUAAAAGAAGUUGGAGUGUACAGAGUUUCUGGUUCGAUAUCCGACAUUCACGUCAUCUGCUCGUGUCUCAAAGAUUUUCUAAGGAACCUUAAGGAACCUCUUGUUACCUACCAACUCUGGAGUGCUUUCCUUAGGGCAGCUGAAAAGCACGAUCGCCAAGAAAGCAUCACAGAUACGUACCAAGUCAUGAAUCGAUUGAUUGACAUCCCGAGUGACUAUUGGUUCAAUUUUUUGAGGGUUCAAGAUGGAGAUCGGCUGUCUCAGAGGCUAGAUACCCUCACCCACACCAAUAGUACUACUGCAAGAGAUGCGGGCAACCACAACGAUGAGCAACUACUCCAAAAAGACCACGAACUUCUUUGCCCCGCCCAUUCUCAAGUAGGACAGCCACUGAGAAAGUGGCCAUCGAUAAUCAUGUGCAUAUUUGUUAGCCAAUCAGGAAACAGCAUCCUCAAUCAUGCAUAUUCAUUAACCUCGUUAUCGUCAUAG